AUGUCACAGAACCCACCACAAGCGAAUAAAAAAUGGGGAGUGGGGUCGUUUUUCCAGCAAGCAGUGGCGGGCGUCGAGUCUCGGUUGGAUCACAUCUUGAUGGAAGAGGAGGCAUCACAGAACAGUUCAACUGCCAAGCCUUCUGAUGCCCAGGGCGGAGAAGCAUCUCCUAAAAAGACCCCUGUUGCUCCUGUUUCCCGCAGUUCAUCAACUGCGCGCAGAAAUGACAGGCUUCAGGAGCGUCUCGCCCGCGCCAUGGUGAAAUCAAACGCUUCCAACCUUGCUUCACAGUCUCCCCAAAGCCGAGUUUCAUCACCGCCUGCCAGUCCGGUACCUAGCAAUGGGGCUCGGUCUAGUAUGGAUAUCGAUUCUAGCAUUGCAUCGAAUGCGAGCGUGGGGGAUGACUCUAAGGCUCCCCCGCCCAAUGAGCAGAGCACUAUUGGUGGAUUGGAUUCCCCGAGGAUGAGCUACGACUCUGGGGUCUCUUCGCACGUUUCUGCGGAUGUUAGCGUACCAGACUCCGCACCCAGAGAUUCUGUAGAUGUGGUUCAGGCGGUUGCGGAUUUGGAAAAGACCAGCCAAGACCUGCAGGAGUCCCAGCGCAACGAGGCACUCAGUGUUGGUGGUUCGGGUGACAGUCCGCGUGUUAGCGUCGAAGUGCCAUCAGAGACACCAGAUGAAGACCAGAGCCCGGAUGUUGCUCGUGUACAGGCUGACUAUAAAGCCGCCGAGUCGCAAUGGCAGGAAGAAAUGUACGGCUAUAUCGAACGGAUUGACGCAUUGCAGUCAAAGCUCAAAUAUCUAGCCAAGGACGCUGCAGAAUCAGCCAAGAAUGCUGCCGCAAGCGCUACUCCAGGCAGUACACAGAAGCAGCUACUGGAGAAGGAUGAGAAGAUCGCACUGCUCCUUGAAGAAGGGCAAAAGCUCUCCAAGUCGGAAAUGGAUCACCGAACUGUGAUUAAGAAACUUCGCCAGCAACUUACCGACAACAGCAAGUCCCAAGCAGAAAUGAAGAGAAGGACGGAGAAACUUGAGCGUGACCUGGUCAACUCUGAAGCCAGAGCUAAGCGAGCAGAGGCCGCGGAGAAGAGGGCAGCCGAAUCGUUGUCGUCCCAAACAAAAUCAACUAAAGACCUGGAAGCCGUCACGAAUGAACGCAAUGCGCUUGCCCAGACUGUUCAAGAGAUUAAGUUACAACUAAACCGGGCGAACGCGCGCGCUGAAGCUGCCGAGACCAAAGCGAACUCUGACGCCUUAGAGCAAGAGAAGCACCGAGUGACCGAAAUGGAAGAGGAGCUAUCUAAUUUGAAGAUGGAGCGCGACAUUGGCGAAGAAAAGUCCAAGAGAGAGAUUACCGAGCUCAAAGAAAAGAUGGAGCAAGAAAAAGAGAGAGCUCGUAUGCUCGAAGCAGAGCUGAAGGGCGAACAAUCUGUUUUGGAAAGUAAGAUGGAAAGUCUUCGUUCUCGCGCGGAAGAAGCUUCAUCAGGAGCAACUGGGGAAACCCAGGCCAAACUUCUGCGCCAGAUUGAGACCUUGCAAACCCAAUAUGCAGUCGCUAGUGAAAAUUGGCACACCCUUGAGGGCUCUCUGCUUUCUCGAUUGGCAAACGUGGAAAAGGAACGUGAUGACACGGGACGACGUGAGAGUGACCUGCGGAAGAAGAUUCGGGAAAUGAACCAAAAACUCAAGAAGCUCGAGGAGGACUUGGAUAACGCCAAGGAGACCGAGCAUGAUUUGGAGAGCAAACUUGAUGAGCGCAUGCAAGAGUUGCAGAAAAUGCAACAGAAGCUCGAUAAAGCGGCAGAUGAGCUCACAUCAGCGCAAAAGGAUUUGGUCGAGCAAAAGAAGACAUCUGAAGCUAUCUUGACGCAGAAGCUCGAAGACGAGCGGGCUAAAUGGAGAGACCAAAUCAACUCGCCCUCACAUCCACGCGGAAUAUCCCCAGUCCCCUCUACCCGGCGGUCAAGCACUCUCGACGCCAUGAACACGGUUCUUCCUGAUCUCCGUCCCCCCAGCCGACGUUCGUCCAACUUCCCCUUCGCGUCACCGGAAAUUGGCACGCCACCUCGUCAGAACUCCUACCCUGCCUCGAUAACCCAGGCGACGCUCUCCCCGCCGCACAUCAACACCAAUGCGUCAAUAUUAGAAGCUCCCUCCAUCAACUUCGAGCCGGAUGAGUACUUCGGAGAGUCUGGCACCCCUGCCACUCCUUCAGCGUAUGGUGGAACGCAGGUACCGCCGCGCGGGAUCAACGACAUCAUCUCUGAGUCAACGACCGGUGCCGGCCCCUCCGUUCAGCUGGUUGAGCGCAUGAGUGCAACCGUGCGCCGGCUGGAGAGCGAACGUGCUGGCUCCAAAGAUGAGCUGGCACGCGUCACCUCCCAGCGCGACGAGGCACGCCAACAAGUCGUGGAUCUCAUGCGUGAGCUUGAAGAGAAACAACUUUCUGCUUCUCGCGUGGAGGAGCUUGAGGCUCAGCUUGAAGACCUCGAUCAGCGGUAUCAGACUACCCUGGAGAUGCUAGGCGAGAAGAGCGAGCAGGUCGAGGAGCUGAACGCUGAUAUUGCGGAUCUCAAGAAGAUCUACCGCGAGCUGGUUGACAGUACCAUGAAAUGA